AUGUCAUUCGAUAGUAUUGAUAAACUCAAUCGAGAAUUUGAACGUUGCUAUAAUAAUGGUCAAGUGAAAGAAGCUGUUACCACUUAUGCCAGUGAUGGUCGACUUUUUGCUACUGAUAAACAAGUUUAUGAAGGUUUAAGUCAAAUUGAAAAAUAUUACGCAGGUGCAAGAGCUGCUGGUAAUUCGAAAGUUGAACUACAUACUGGACAAGUUAUUCAAUGUGGUUCGGAUUAUUUUAUUGAAAUUAGCCAAUACAAAAUAAAUACUGACGGUGGAAAUUAUGUCGUUGUUUGGAAGACAGAUGGUGGACAAUGCAAAAAAAUUAUUGAUAUUUUCAAUUGA